CGAUCGGUCCGUAGAGAGGCGAAAUGCGCCGCGACGACGACGUCUCGAUCCGAAACGUUACGCGUCAUCGUCAGAGAGGUUUCGCGCGACCUGCCAAUUAUUUAUUCGACUAUUCUUAUUAAUUGCCGUUCGCCGAUUAAUUCGGACAUAAAUAUACGUUUAAUCGGGACGAGAGUGUGUGUGUCGUCCGUCUGCUGCGACGAUAAUGAGGUUUUACGAACUCCGGUGUUGACUCUCCCCUGUUUAGUGGUUUUACGUGCGGCCGUUUUACCCCGUGACGACGAUGUGGACGUUUUAGUGGACGCCCGAAACCAUGCAGAUUUGAUAUUUAGGCUCCCGCUGCCGGACGAGGAACGAUGGGCCUUUAUAAACAGUAUUUCCGAUUGACUCGACAUGCGAAAAAUCAAUUGUUGGGCAUCGAUCCGAAAAAUCAAACCGUCAAAAAUGGUAUUCCGCUGCAGAUGCUCGUUUCGCAGCAAUUCAACCCCGGUCGCCUGACUGUAAUUGUGAUAGGACUGUUCACUCUCGCGAUAGGCAUUAUCCUGUCGUCGAUACCGUGGCUCGAUUACAUAAUUUUAAAGAACCUAAAGCUUCGAGAGGGGUCUCUCAGCUUCCACUAUUGGCAAAAGCCGGGCGUCAUACGACUCACCAAAGUGUACAUAUUUAACGUAACGAAUCCCGACGCGUUCCUCGCGUCGGGCGAAAAGCCAAAGCUACAAGAAAUAGGACCCUUUACUUAUAGAGAAGAUAUGGAAAAAAUCAACAUCAAGUUCCACGACAACGGGACCGUAUCUUUUCAGCACAAAAAGAUCUUAAAGUUCGUCCCAGAGCUCAGCGUAGAUCAAAACUUGAAGAUCACCGUACCGAAUAUUCCGCUGCUCACGCUGUCGACGCAGUCUAACAACUUGGGGUGGUUCGUGCAGAAAGCAAUCUCGGUGAUGCUGAACAUGGGAUCCGUCAAACCGUUCGUCAGCGUCACUGCGGACGAGCUGGUGUUCGGCUACGACGACAGCCUUGUCAAUUUGGCGCACAACUUCUAUCCGAAGAAGAAGAGGCCGGCCGCCAAAAUGGGUUUGCUCAUAACGCGAAACGGCACGUUGCCCGAAGUGCACAACAUCCAAACGGGGGCAUCUGGCAUGACCGACUUCGGCCUCAUAACGAGCCUAAACGGCAAAACGACCCUGCCCUAUUGGAACGAUCCGCCAUGCAAUGACAUUAGGGCGAGCGAGGGCUCGUUUUUUCCACCCAGACACUAUACCAACGAGGACAUCGUGUUCCUCUACGACAAGGACCUCUGCCGGACAUUCCCGAUGCAGUACCGCAAACUUGUCAACAAACACGGUAUCAGCGCCGGUCUGUACACCCCGGCAGACAACAUCUUCGAGUCGGUGCAGGACAAUCCGGACAACAAGUGCUACUGUCCGGGCAACGAGUACUGCCCCCCCAAGGGAUUGCAGAACAUAAGCCCGUGUCAGUACGAUGCCCCUGUAUAUCUGUCGUUUCCGCACUUUUUGGGCGCGGAUCCGGCCCUGAUAAAGCAAGUGGACGGUUUGGAUCCGGUCGAAGCGAAACAUCAGUCGUAUUUCAAAAUUCAAACGAAACUGGGCGUCCCCCUUGAAGGAAAAAUCAGGAUCCAGCUGAACUUGAGGGUGCAGCAGGCGCCGUACAUCAUGUCGGUGAAAACGUUUCCGAGCAUAAUGUUUCCCGUAAUGUGGAUCGAGGAGGGUAUCGACGACCUGACGCCGCCCAUACGUCGCUGGAUCUAUUUGGCGACGACCUUCGCCGAGGUGGGCUGUCCCCUGAUGACGUACGGUUUCAUUUUCUUCGGCGCGUGCGUCGUUUUGGGCGUGCUGGUCGACGCGUACAAAUCGCUCGCGUUUACGAAGCAAACCAUCGAGAUCGGCAUGAGAAACUUGCGGCGGCGCAGCAGCCUGCUCGUGACCACGUCGAAUAGGUUCAUCUCGAGGCGAGAAACUUACACCCUGCUCGAUUUCCAAGAUGUGGACGCCGACGGCGAAGUAUGAUGACGGUCGACGUCGUCGUUUUUCGUGGUCUCGACUUCACGCAAAACGUUGAUAUUUUAGUUUCGUCUUUGAUGAAUCGAACUUCGACGCUAAAGCUUCGUUUACAAUCGCGCUUCUUGCGGACAUGCAUCCGUCCAAGUCAUAAAAGUACUAGAUAUACAGGGUGUUUGAAAAAGUUAAUCGCAAGUCAUUUGACUAAAAUAAUAGGAACGAGAAAAACACGAAAAACUGUUGGAUUUAUCUGAUUCCGAUUGAAUUGUGAAUAUUUAGGUGAAAAUUAAAAUGAACUUUGCUGAGACAUUAAUUAAAGUUGUUUCUUCAACUGGAGCGGCAUAGAGUGCCAUUAUUUUAGCAGAAGGAACAUAUAUCGUCAAACGGUUGGCUUACUUUUUUGUAGCACCCUGUACAUGUCUGGCACAAAUACAGGCAAUUUCGUACCAAAUUCAAAAAUAUAUUUAGAUUACAUUCAAUUUUCACUUCUAUAAGAAAAUGUCGUAUAGUAUGGACCAAAUAUGCUUUUAAAUAUGGGCGACAAACCUGGUGGUUUUCUAGCACAGAUUUGUUAAGGACCGGACUCAAGCAAUCCUCAAAAUUCCGAAUACAUUUUUUUUGGCCAUGUGUCUCAUAGAUAUACAUUUAUGCCAAAAACGAUUCCAAAAAAGAUCGCAGAAAUUGAAAUUGCAAAGAAUUACUAAAAUACGAAUGGUCGUAAUCAGAGGUAUUAGGUAAAAAUAAAUGCCGCCUCUGGUGUCGAGGACCAUUGAAUCCAUUGAUAAUCAAUCAAAAUUGAAGCCGAUUGUAAAUUCUUCGCUAAUUUCGAAAAAAUUCCGUUAAUUGUUCUAAAAAGUCGAUCUAAAUGUGAUAUCUUAGGUUUAAGGUGUAAAUAGUAGCAGCGACAUGGUAUAUUAUCCGGUUAAGGUCAAUAUGGGAACUUGCUCAGAGGCUGCGAAACAUCAUUCUCGUAAAUGCUAGUUUUGUACUUUAUUAUUUUUGUAAGUUAUAGAGGAACGGGUUUUUCGACAAAAUUUAAUGUGUUCAAAAUAUUAUCUCUAGCUAGUCAGGACGGCAACGCCGCAAGACAGCAACGCGCUACGUACAAAUAACGUAGAUACGUAUUAAGCGAUUAGGUAUUUUACUUUCAACGCCAAGGCGGACGUUAGAGAGAAAAAGCAGAGCCACAAGUUAGCACACCUACUGUUAUGGGUAUAGGCAACCAACUUUACGUACAGCAGCUGAUUUCGGUGUUUUGGUUAGCUUGCUUCCGCUUGAAACGUUUUUUAUGGUUUGUUGAAUUAUAUAUUCCAUAUAAAUGAGGCGUCAUACGAAAAGUAGGGUUAUGGCACAAAAUUAUAUACAUCAAAAAUGCCCUGCGGAUGUCACGCAUGGAAGCGCAGUUUGAUACCGGUACGGACAGAUGAAACGGCUGCUUUUUCUCCCUAUUCAAAGGGUGUUUAAAUUAAUUUUUAGAUAAAUCUAAUUCUCGGCGCUCGAUAAAAGACUUGUAACGGACAACUUGCUCAGUUAGGCUAAUAUAUUAUAUAUAUUUUUUAAUAAUACUGUUGAUGUAAAGGUUAUACAGAAAUAUACAUUUUUAUUAAAUUCAUUUAAGCUC